CCAACUGCGCUGUGCGAGAGCAGAAUUUUCCGCCCAAACAUAUCAACGUCGCCCGACCAGCAGCCGCAACUCCCAGCAUCGAAACCCAUCCAAAAGAGCCAUCUAUCAUCAAAAAAAGUCGACGGCCCUUUGUCGCAUGCCUUGGUUUAUGUCCUGACUUUUUUUCAGCGCGGGUUUUCCGCAAGGUUUCGGCCUUUUCGCCCCCCAAGGCUGCCACCAUGGCGACACGUAAAGUCCGCUACAAAAAGCUUAACGUGAAGACUCUUCUGCCCGUUGUUCUCUACUCGGAAAUCGACCAGAACGAGUAUGAGUCCCUCAAAAACGAGCAGAUCUCCACGGGCGUCGAGUCCGCUGAGGAAAAUGAAUACCAUCUGCAAGCAGUCCUGCAAACCUCGGGCACCGCGGCGGACAAGGAGAUCCCCGUGCCGCCGCCCCAGGAGAGCAAGAUAAACUAUAACGAGUUAUAUCCGGUCAAGUUCAACGAGCCCACACACUUCAUCCGCUUCUCGCAGACAGUGGAAGAAUGUAUAGGCUGUCAGUAUGACAUGACCGAGGAUGAUGAGGUGUUCCUCAAAAAGUACAACCAGGACCGGGCUGCGCAAUCGCAGCUGUCCGAGGAUGACUUUGAGAGGAUAAUGGAGGUGUACGAGGACACGGCUUCGAUCCAGGCUCCAUAUGCCUCGGUUGACCAUACCGUCAUCCCGUACGACCAGAUGGUGCCGGGUCUGAACGAGCUGGAUUCCCCAAAGCUCAUGACCCAUGCCAAGGCUCUCUAUGAGUACUGGAAACAGCAGCGCCAGGCCAAAAAGGGGCCGCUGCACGCCAGCCUCAAGUUCGAGACUCAUCAGGAGACCGAUGAGGGGGAUCCGUUCGUCUGCUUCAGGCGAAGGGAGGUCCGCCAGACUCGUAAGACCAGGGCACGAGACGUGCAGAGCGCAGACAAGCUCAAGCGUCUGCGCCGUGAACUCGAGGAGGGACGUGAGCUUGUGCAACAGGCCCACCGCCGCGAGCUCAUGAAGCGUGACAUGCUGCAUGUGGACCGGGCCGUGUUCGAACAACGAGCAAAGCUCAGGGCCCUGAAGAUCCAUCUUAACAUCAAGACGGAUGAUGAGGAUCUUUAUAACACAAAGCCUCAGAAGAAGAAGCAACCACCAGCCGAGCCCCCUUCGGCCCAGCGACCUGUGGUCGGUGCUUUGCGUGUGCCGCCACGGCCAGGGCCCGACGGGCGGCCUUCGUCCUCGACUGCCGACAAUGAUCUCGUCCAGCUGUCUGAUCAGCUGUUGGAGAAGGAGGCCGAGAUGCGACUCGACAUCGAGAACAAGAUCGAGAACCACCGGAAGUGGAAUCUCAACCAUAUUGAUCUCACCCGUGACGCGCUGGAGCCUCUUGAGAGCCAGAAGCAGCCCAAAUAUCGCCCCGUGAAGAUCCAGUACCUCAUGACGCCGCCUAACUCGGCGUCGGCCGAGGGUCUGGAAGAACCAACGCCCAUGGACUUGGAUCAGUCGGAGCCUGUCUCCGGGCCAGGGCCACUUGUUCGCUUUCAGGGACUGGCCGAGGAUGAUGAGGAGUACUGCCCGGCACCAAAGGAGUACCGCCGUCGCAUAGGCCGGUUGAACAGGUUGUGGAUUGAUAGGCGAGAGAUUAAUAAGCCUCGGCCAGAUCCUUCAGCCGGGGGCUCGGACCGGUGGAAGUAUGAUGACGACAGUGGGGACGACGAGCUUGUGUGCGAGGUUGACCCGUACGACCUUCGGGCGCUGAAGUUCCGGGCCAGCAUUCCGUUCGGCACCCCAGGCACGCUUAACCGGCGUGGCGAGGCGCAGAACGGUGUUGUGGCUAACGGGGCACAAGCGGCAACCCGGCAAGUCCUUCCACCGCCACUCGCGAGCGUUCUUGCUACUGCUGCUCAGCAACAGCAACAGCACCACCACCAGCAGCAAGCAGGCGCCUCAUGAUGAGGUGCUCGAUGCAUGCCUGGUCGUUGGGCCAUCGUCCUCUUCUCCGAUUUUUCGACUCUGCUUUCUCCGACUUGUAUACCCCUUGCGUUGUGUUUGGCGGGUGGGCGGAUAACAGAACAUCUUGGGUUUCUGUGGCGUUGGGGUCUGUCGGCCGGCGGCUCUUGUCUUUCGUUUUCUUCUUCUUUGUCUCAAUUUAUUCUUCCUCCUCGCUUGCGGCCUGUAUAUAUUCGUCGCGGAGCUUGUACAUUUUUUUCAGACUGCAAAGUCGAAGUCUUCAGGAGGGCUGUGUGGAGUGAAGGACCGACGGUCAGCAUUACGUUUUGCGUGCUGAUGCUCACGAGGCAGCAAAAACUUUUGGAAAUAGACAAAUGUCGCAGACCCUCUUGCCCGCCAACUGUUGCACGCAAUACGUAGGUCCACUUGGCGCCAGUGACGUCCGCUCACGC